UUCAAUUUCUGUUACUCGCAAAAAAGUUAAUGUUAAUUUGACAUCUGAUGAAGAACAGUCUUCAGUUUUUUUUGAAGAGUUGCAAAUUGAUAUCGAAGCAAUUGAUCUUGUAAUGAAUGAUGAUGAUCUAGAAAUAGAAACAUUCUUCGAUUUUGAAACUUAUAAGCAAGACCAAGAAACAAUUAAAGAAAACUCAUUUACUCACUAUCAAAGAUCUAUUUGUAUUGAUGAGGAUUGGUCAAUUGAUAAUAUCUUCAAAUCCUAA